AAUGUUGAAAAGUACACAUAUUUUUAAUAUAAAGUGAUAUGCUACUAUCUAAAAAAAUUGUCUUUUCUCAAAAUGAGUCUGGUCUCGGAUGUCUAAGGCUGUAGACUGUAGUAGUUGGCAAUUGAAUGAGGAAAUUCAUUUUUAGAAAAAAUAUAAAAUUUCCAUUUAUAGGGCAUUGUAAGAAAAGCUAGGGAGAUUCCUGAUAUUAUUCUCUUGAACCUUUCUGCUUUUUGAUUCCCAAUGACAAUGGAAAAGAUGUCUGAUUUAUCUCAUUACAAAACCACAGUGUCAUUAGGUGGAAAUGUUUCAGUUCUCUCUAUCUAUAUAUGCUCAAAUAGGAAACUAUAUUUUCAUCACUACUCAUUACUCUCUUCUGUCUUUUCACAACCACUCUCUUUCAUUUCAAUGGCAGAUUGGGCUGUUUUGAACAAGAGAGAGGAUCAAGAUUUUGAUGAAGAACAUGUUUGGGGUGAUUAUACCUCAAAUAUCAAAAGGGUCUCUAAGGAUAAGGAUUCUGGUUCAUCUGCAUGGACGUUACCAAGAAAAAAUAUUCCAAAGGGUAAUGCACUAGUUGUUUCUGAUGAGCCUAAAGGGUCAUCGUCAUCAUCAUCAGCAGCAGCAGCACCUAUCAACAUUCCUGAUUGGUCUAAAGUUUAUGGUAAGAAGAAUUGCAAGAAAGGUGGUUUGCAUGGUUAUGAGGAUGAGGAUGAGGAGGAUGAAGAGGGUGAUAUGGUUCCUCCACAUGAAUGGAUUGCUAGGAAGCUUGCAAGGAGUCAGAUUUCAUCUUUCUCUGUGUGUGAAGGGAUGGGAAGGACACUCAAAGGAAGAGAUCUUAGCAAAGUUAGGAAUGCUAUUUUGACAAAAACUGGCUUCAUUGAGUAGUUAACUUAAGUUAAGUUAAGUUAAGUUAAGUGCUUUUUUUUUUAAGUUGAGUAGUUAAGUUAAAAAUUUUGGUGUUACCAUUAUCAUAGCAUCCAUCUUUUUGUAUGACUUAGAUCCCAUGCAAUGAGCCUAUGUAGAACUUUGGAUGUUCUUGAAUAGAUUUAUGUGCUUUUUGAUUUUACAAUCAAUUUUC